AAACCUUUCUCCUCUUAUAUAUUUGAUACCCGCCCUUCAUACCUUCUCAUAAUUUUUCUCCCCUCCUCCAUCCAUUUCUUGUAGAAUCCUAAUGCAAGCGAAAGGUUUAGCUUCAACUGUAUCCGCGUCAUGUAAACUUCAUCCCCAGUCUAAUUCUUUGUGUGCUGUUGCUUAGUGCUUGAGUCGGGCUUGUUCUUUUGACCACAGCUAAGCUUUCAUAAGUUCAAAUCAUGUAAAUCUGUUCUUUUGAUCAUAACUUACUUAUUCUUUUUUCCUCUUUAUAAUGUACUUAGCUAACCCAUGACCAACAUCAGAAGUGGUUCAGUCAUGAAUUUUCCUUAGAUUAGCAGACUCUUACAACCUAAUCUUAAAACUAACCACUGAGACACUAUACGUUUAUACUUCUAUACUGUAACAACAAAAGGAUGUAGAGCUUUUCCCCCCCUUUACCACAAGCAACAUUUUAGUGCAACAUAAGCAUGGAGGAAACAUUUGUACCGCUUCGGGGAAUCAAGAAUGAUCUGAAGGGACGGUUGGCUUGCUACAAGCAAGACUGGACUGGAGGUUUCAAUGCUGGCAUCAGGAUUUUGGCACCCACCACUUAUAUAUUUUUUGCGUCGGCUAUCCCAGUCAUAUCAUUUGGAGAACAAUUGGACAGAAAUACCGAUGGGCUUAUUACAGCAGUUCAGACACUGGCAUCAACUGCAAUUUGCGGAAUCCUACACUCGAUAAUAGGAGGUCAGCCUUUGUUGAUCCUUGGGGUGGCAGAGCCAACUGUGCUUAUGUACGCCUUCAUGUUCAACUUUGCCAAAGAUAGAUCAGAUUUGGGUCCAACUCUGUUUCUAGCAUGGGCUGGAUGGGUUUGUGUAUGGACAGCCUUCUUGCUUAUUUUGUUGGCAGUUCUAGGUGCAUGCUCCAUUAUCAACAGAUUUACUCGUAUUGCAGGCGAACUGUUUGGUCUUCUGAUUGCUAUGCUCUUCAUGCAGCAGGCAAUUAAAGGUCUAGUGGAUGAGUUUCGCGUACCACAGAGAGAAAACCCAAAGGCAUUAGAGUUUGCUCCAUCUUGGAGGUUCAGCAAUGGAAUGUUUGCUCUCGUUCUGUCGUUUGGUCUUCUGCUCACUGCACUAAGAAGUAGGAAAGCAAGAUCAUGGCGAUAUGGAAGUGGCUGGAUACGAGGACUCAUUGCCGAUUAUGGAGUGCCACUAAUGGUCCUUGUCUGGACCGGGAUUUCUUACAUACCAUCUGGUAAUGUUCCGAAAGGAAUCCCAAGACGCCUUUUCAGCCCAAAUCCAUGGUCUCCUGGCGCUUAUGAGAACUGGACAGUCAUCAAGGAUAUGACGAAUGUGCCGAUCCUCUACAUAAUUGGAGCAUUCAUCCCAGCAACAAUGAUAGCAGUCCUCUAUUAUUUUGACCACAGUGUAGCGUCUCAACUAGCUCAGCAGAAGGAAUUCAACCUGCGCAAACCAGCAUCGUUCCAUUAUGAUCUACUGCUUUUAGGCUUCCUGACCUUACUGUGUGGUCUUCUUGGAAUCCCUCCAUCAAAUGGUGUGAUCCCACAAUCCCCAAUGCAUACAAAAAGUCUCGCGACUCUCAAACAUCAGAUUCUUCGCAGUCGGCUAGUAAAUACAGCAAGAAAAAGCAUGAGUCAAAAUUCAAGCCUCACGCAGCUCUAUGGAAACAUGCAAGAGGCUUAUCAGCAAAUGCAGACCCCGUUAAUCUACCAGGAGCAAUCUGCUCGCAAAUUGAAGGAAUUAAAGGACUCAACAAUCCAAAUGGCAUCAAUUACGGGGAGCAUGGACGCACCAGUUGAUGAGACGGUGUUUGACAUCGAAAAAGAAAUAGAUGAUCUCCUACCCGUUGAGGUAAAAGAACAGCGCCUAAGUAACUUGUUGCAGUCAGCUAUGGUAGGAGUCUGUGUUGCUGCGAUGCCAUUCCUUAAGAUGAUACCGACUUCAGUUCUCUGGGGUUACUUCGCUUUCAUGGCAAUCGAAAGCUUACCUGGUAACCAGUUCUGGGAGAGGAUCCUCUUGCUCUUCACAGCUCCAGGCAGGAGAUACAAGGUCCUUGAAGGGUACCACGCGACAUUCGUGGAGACCGUACCAUUUAAGACGAUUGUAACGUUCACUCUUUUCCAGACAACUUACUUGCUGAUAUGUUUCGGGAUAACAUGGAUACCGAUAGCGGGGGUCUUAUUUCCUCUCAUGAUCAUGCUCUUAGUUCCUGUUAGGCAAUACUUCAUGCCCAAGCUUUUCAAAGGGGCACACCUAACUGACCUAGACGCAGCGGAGUACGAAGAGUCUCCGGCUUUAGCGUACGAAGUGGAAUUUGAUAUGGGGGUGAGAAAUUUACAGGCGGAGAGUGCAGAGAUUCUUGAUGAGUUAGUGACGAGGAGUCGCGGGGAGAUAAGACGAUUUAGUAGUCCGAAGGUGACAAGUUCUACUGGGACACCGGCCUCAGAUUUGCAUGGGCUUCAAAGCCCCCGGGUUUUGCAUAGUCCUCGCGUGAGCGAGCUGAGACGAGAGCAAAGUCCUCGUGUUGGUGGAAGAGGAGGACGACUCAGUCCAGGGAGUGGAAAAACAACACCAUCAAAGUUCGCAGGUUCAACUCCAAAGUAACAAGGAAUGGCUCCAAUAAAUCGGUCAUGAAUGAUUCCCCCAAAUAUUUCUCAAUGCUUAUGUUGCUUCUAUUGUAUUGUUUAAUAUGGUUAUGCUUGCUACUUGAUCAUGUAUCUUCUCCUUCUUCUUCUUCUUCUUUUUCUUUCUUUUUUAAUUGGCUCGGAGAUGUAAUGUCUAAAAUAAAAUGCUUGAUACUAAAACAGGUUUCGAAUGUUUUCAAGUUCA